GGAACCUUGUUGUCUCUGGAACGUUCGUAGAGCGCCUUGUUUCCCAGUCGGAACGGUUAUACGGUCGCAUCAAGAGUUUCCUGGCAGCUACAGUUAGCGACGGAAGCAGCCUCCAGCAUGGCAACCGUGGCGACAACCAAGGUGCCGGAAGUCCGAGAUGUCACCAGAAUGGAGAGAAUUGGUGCCCAUUCUCACAUCCGAGGGCUUGGCUUGGAUGAUGCCUUGGAGCCCCGGCAGGUCUCCCAGGGCAUGGUGGGUCAGUUGGCGGCAAGAAGAGCUGCAGGAGUUGUUUUGGAGAUGAUCAAAGAAGGGAAAAUCGCCGGCCGUGCCGUUCUGAUCGCUGGGCAACCCGGCACUGGAAAAACAGCCAUUGCUAUGGGUAUGGCUCAAGCCUUGGGCCAAGAUACCCCGUUCACAGCCAUCGCUGGAAGUGAAAUCUUCUCCCUGGAAAUGAGCAAGACUGAAGCGUUGACACAAGCUUUCCGUCGCUCUAUCGGUGUCCGAAUCAAGGAAGAAACUGAAAUUAUUGAAGGAGAAGUUGUGGAGGUCCAGAUUGACAGACCAGCUACAGGAACGGGUGCAAAAGUUGGCAAACUGACUUUAAAAACGACCGAGAUGGAGACCAUUUAUGAUCUGGGAACUAAGAUGAUCGAAUCGCUCACCAAGGAAAAAGUUCAGGCUGGGGAUGUGAUUACCAUUGACAAAGCCACGGGGAAAAUCUCCAAAUUGGGUCGUGCUUUUACACGCGCUCGAGAUUACGAUGCAAUGGGGUCCCAGACCAAGUUUGUGCAGUGCCCUGACGGAGAAUUACAGAAACGCAAGGAAGUGGUACAUACGGUGUCAUUACAUGAGAUCGAUGUCAUCAACAGCAGAACGCAGGGAUUUCUGGCUCUCUUUUCCGGAGAUACAGGAGAGAUUAAAUCAGAAGUUCGUGAACAGAUCAAUGCUAAGGUCGCUGAGUGGCGCGAGGAAGGAAAGGCUGAAAUUAUUCCUGGGGUGCUGUUUAUAGAUGAGGUGCACAUGUUGGACAUUGAAUGUUUUUCUUUCUUGAAUCGCGCGUUGGAAAGCGACAUGGCACCGGUUCUGAUUAUGGCCACAAACAGAGGAAUCACACGGAUUCGUGGCACAAACUACCAGAGUCCCCACGGUAUUCCCAUUGAUUUACUGGAUCGGUUACUUAUUAUCUCCACGUCUCCAUACAAUGAGAAGGAAACCAAACAGAUCCUAAAGAUCAGGUGUGAAGAAGAAGAUGUGGACAUGAAUGAGGACGCCUACACUGUACUGACACGGAUUGGUCUGGAGACUUCACUCAGAUAUUCCAUACAGCUCAUCACGGCUGCGAGUCUGGUCUGCAGGAAGAGAAAGGGAAAUGAAGUUCAAGUAGAUGACAUCAAAAGAGUAUAUUCCCUCUUCCUUGAUGAGUCUAGAUCAACGCAGUACAUGAAAGAGUAUCAGGACGCCUUUAUGUUCAACGAAAUGAAAGGAGAGACGAUGGACACAUCUUCAUGACAAACCAAUCGACUGGAUGCACUGAUUUAUUAUUUUUUUGCAUAGUAGUCUGUUUAACCUUUUGUGUGCCAGAAGGCUGAGCAACACUUUGCAUUGCGUUUUGUUCUCGAUGAGCUAGACCUUUUUCAUGCCUUAUCUUGUUGCUGUAACUGUUGCAACCCGUCUCCUCUUUUUAUAUAUAAAACAAAAGUUAUCAUUAAA